UUUUGUUGUUGUGCUGCUGCUUCCGCCACUUCCAGCGAGGAGAGGAGGUGGCAACCCUAGGAUAGACAUGUCUCUGUACGACGACCUGGGUGUGGGACACCAAGCCAGCGACACCAAGACCGAGGGCUGGUCCAAGAACUUCAAGCUGCUGCAGUCGCAGCUGAAGGUGAAGAAGGCGGCGCUGACCCAGGCCAAGACCCAGCGGCUGAAGCAGACCACAGUCCUAGCUCCUGUCAUUGAUCUAAAGAGAGGAAGCUCCAGCGAUGAGCGCCAGACCAUCGACACCCCCCCACAUGUUGCCACUGGACUCAUGGACGUGGUUCCUAGCGCUUUCUCUUCAGGCGAUGUGCUGAUCCCGCUGGCAGAUGAGUACGACCCCAUGUUCCCCAACGACUAUGAGAAGGUGGUGAAGCGUCACAGAGAGGAACGGCAGCGCCAGAGAGAGCAGGAGCGGCAGAAAGAGAUCGAAGAGAGGGAAAAGAAGAGGAAAGACAGACACGAAGGGGGGGCUCCGAGUGGUUUCUCUCGUUUCCCAGCAGCAGAAGAAGACUCAGAUGAAGAAGACGAUUUUGAAAAAGAGAGGAGGAAACGUACGAUGGGUGGAGCAGCCAUCGCACCUCCCUCGUCGCUCGUGGACCGAGACGGCGCGUAUAACUAUGAUGAGGAAAGCCGUCCUGCCAGGAGCUCAAAAGCAGCCAUCCCUCCCCCGAUGUACGAGGACUCGGACCGGCCUCGUUCCCCGCCUGGCCCGACCAGCUCCUUCCUGGCUAACAUGGGAGGGACUGUGGCUCAUAAGAUCAUGCAGAAGUACGGUUUCAGAGAAGGCCAGGGUCUGGGGAAGCACGAGCAAGGUCUGAGCACGGCACUGUCUGUGGAGAAGACCAGCAAGAGAGGGGGAAAGAUCAUCAUAGGAGACGCGGCAGAGAAACCAGGGUCCAGCCAGUCAGGCGUCCUCGACAUUCCACCCGGAGGUUCUGCAGUGGACAUGGGCAAGAAGUCUGAGGCGAACCCGCUCACAGAGAUCCUGAAGAACCCCACCAAAGUGGUGCUGCUGAGGAACAUGGUGGGCCCGGGAGAGGUGGACGAAGAUUUGGAGGGAGAGACGAAAGAAGAGUGCGAGAAAUACGGCAAAGUGGUUAAAUGUGUGAUCUUUGAGAUUGCAGAGGUGAUGGACGAAGAAGCGGUCAGGAUAUUCCUGGAGUUCGAGAGGGUGGAGUCGGCCAUUAAAGCCGUCGUGGAUCUGAACGGACGUUACUUUGGAGGGCGGGUCGUCAAGGCCUGCUUCUACAAUCUAGACAAGUUUCGGAUUCUGGAUCUGGGAGAGCAGGUCUGAUGUUUCCCCAAGAAGAUCAACAAGCACCAACCAGGAGCUCACCGUGUACCCUCUUGUACAUAACCUUUUUUUUUAAUACUUCCCAAACAUCAUUGUCUGAUUCUCAGUCCAACAUGUAGGUUUUAUUUCCUGUGAUUUAGAAAAAAGAAAAUACCUGUAUGUCAAGACCAAAUAAAAGGUGUAAACAUU